GUUAUCCAAAAACUUUCCAAAGUUUAUCAAUAAAACAAAAACAAUUUGAAAACAAUUAAAAUGAUGACUUUUAAAGUUUGUCUUGUUGUACUUUUGCAGGCUGCAUUUACUGAUUUGGUUUUGGGAGUAACUACAAUAAUUGAUGUUCAACAAUCUUUAUCCGUGGCCAGAGAUGAAGCUAGCGAACUUUUCACUGAAUCUGUUGAACAAUUUUAUCCUGUCCAUGCUAAUUGUUUUGGUGGAGUAGGAAAUGACGAAUUUGAAAAAUGUGCCCACUGGGCUGAUGGACUUUCCGUAUCGCUCUCAGCACCUGAACCUUAUCUUUACCUUGGUGGACCAGGUAGUAACAGCGAUCUUGCAGUAAUUAGAGAUGUCCUGCAAACAUAUAAACUUCUCUUUGAACAAAUACAAGCCGAACAAGACCGCGAAUUCUUUUGGCCAUGCACUAGACAGACUUCAAGCCCUUGCAGUUACGUUUGCGAUUACAAGAGAUUGGAUUAUUUGGACUAUUGUUGUUAUAUUUACAGCGAUAUUCUUCCUGCAGUUGAUAGCGCUGUACUCGAUAUUCAAAAUUACUUGGGACAAGCAGCAAAUGUAACUUACGAGCUAACCGAAAUCGGCCUUACCUCUACCGAUUCUGAUAUUAGGGAAUUUCAACUUUUAAGCUCUUUUAUCCUAAAAAAGCAUUUGGAACAUGGAAUAUUGUAUGCCCAAAACUACCAACCACCAGUUUAAAUCUUAAUAUAAAUAGUAAAUAUAUAUUAGGAUGAAUGAAAUGGAAUAAAAAGAAUGAAUGGAUUAAUUUUAAAAGAACUUGCCGAUAAAUAAGAAUUGCAUGUUUGUAAAAGUAUGAAUCUUUAGUAAUUAGUUAAGAUAUAACAUCUAAAAGUAAAAAGAAAUGAACUUGUAUUGAAUAAAUAUGUUCCUCUUUUGCCUUUAAAGGAAAGAAAUAUAAAUCAACUGGUACAUCUAUGCAAAACAAAUGUAUUAUUAUAUGCUUUUGUUCCAAAUAUGCAAACUCAUUUAUUUUCAAAAUUCUUUAUUAUCAUAUUCAAAAAGUAAUAAAAUGCAU